AAAAAAAGUUAGUAUUGUUUAUGGAUGGUGGUGUGUGUUUGGAAAUUUUUGACGUAAAUUAUUCGUGUAGUAAAUAUGGCGGCUGACGAACUCAAUCUUGACAGUCUAAUUCAUAGGCUUUUAGAAGUUCGGGGGAUGAGGCCCGGGAAGUCGGUGCAGAUGUCUGAGGGUGAAGUCAGAAGCCUCUGCACCAAGUCCCGGGAAAUCUUCCUUCAGCAGCCCAUACUACUGGAAUUAGAGGCACCUUUAAAAAUUUUAGGUGACAUCCACGGCCAGUUUACAGACCUACUGCGUAUAUUCGAGUACGGCGGGUUCCCGCCGGAGGCUAAUUAUCUAUUUCUCGGCGACUAUGUAGACCGUGGGAAACAGUCUAUGGAAACAAUAUGCCUCCUGCUUGCCUACAAAAUCAAAUAUCCAGAAAACUUCUUUCUCCUCCGGGGCAAUCACGAGUGCGCCAGUAUAAAUCGUAUCUAUGGAUUCUACGACGAGUGCAAGCGCCGGUACAACAUCAAGCUGUGGAAGACUUUCACGGACUGCUUCAACUGCCUGCCCAUCGCCGCCAUUGUUGAUGAGAAGAUAUUCUGCAUGCACGGCGGCCUCUCGCCCGACCUGCAGGGCAUGGAGCAGAUCCGCCGGAUCAUGCGGCCCACCGACGUGCCUGAUACUGGUCUGCUCUGCGACCUGCUGUGGUCGGACCCGGACAAGGACGUGCAGGGGUGGGGCGAGAACGACCGCGGCGUAUCCUUUACGUUCGGGCCGGACGUGGUCGCCAAGUUCCUCAACCGACACGACCUCGACCUCAUCUGCCGGGCUCACCAGGUGGUGGAGGACGGGUACGAGUUCUUCGCGAAGCGGCAGCUGGUGACGCUGUUCUCGGCGCCGAACUACUGCGGCGAGUUCGACAACGCGGGCGGCAUGAUGUCCGUCGACGAGACGCUCAUGUGCUCCUUCCAGAUAUUAAAACCGUCAGAGAAGAAGGCGAAAUACCAAUACAACGGCAUCAACAGCGGCCGGCCGGCCACGCCGCAGCGCGCGCCGCCCAAGAAGAAAUAACUGACGCGGCCUGUCCAGUGCAGCGCACAGUGAGAUGAAUGCUACAAAUAAUUCACUAUAUCAUGUAUUAUAACUAUUGUUUAGUGCGGUCAUGCGACAAAGCCGAAUAUGUCACGUAUUGUUAAAAUUAUUUAUCAAUUUGCUUGUGCCUUCUAUUUUUAGUUUAAUUUUUAUUAUAUUAUAUUUAAUAUGAGUGAUAUUAAUUUAUGAAUUUAGUUUCUACCGAGAUUGUGUGCGUAUUGAGCAGACUUGAUCUAUUCGGAGUUGCCCGGUGACUUUUGCUUUUCUGUGUCGAUCCCCGAUUGAUUGAUUAUAUUGCAGCCUUUAAAUCGGAUUGUACUGUUGUUUUAUCGUAACAUGUUAAAGUUUAGUAAAUUGUUAAGUUGAUUUUGAAGAGAUAGUUUGAUGUUUUGGAGGUGGCAGUCUAGGAGACGCGGCAUUGGAGACGGACGUCGUUACAUUUGUCUAUGAAUAAGUUGUAGCGGAUCGAAAGCACAUUGCUUUGUUUAUUCUAUAACUAAUGUGCCUAUAAAUGUAAAGUAAAUAAGUCUCGUAUAAGUGACGAUAAUUGGAUUUACAAAUUUCUGUUUGAAGUGGAUUGAAUUAAUUUAAAAGAUUUUAGAAUAUAUUUUUGUUCUUUAUUUAUAACGGAGUGAAAAUGAUAUAAUAAUCAAGUAGAGAGGCGGCGCGGCCGCUGCCUCGAGCUCUCAUCCCAGUCACCUUUUGUUUCAGUAUUAACAUUAUGAAGUAAGUCAUUCAAAAUUGUUUGUAUAUUAUUGGCGUGAUGUCCCGACGAGGCCUACCUCGUCAGUUCGUGGAGGGUGUAGGAGCGGCGAAGUCCUCGCAACAAUAGUGCAAUUGCUAUAUUACAAUUUAUUACAUAAUAUAAAAUUAUAUGCAGAUUUUUGCAUUGUACAAUUUUAUUUUUUAGCUAUGUUAACAUUGUCAAAUAAUUUUCAUUGAAUAAAUAUUACUAUUUAAAACAUUA